AUCGUACACACAACAAAUCCAAGUUGACUGAAGAUGGAGAGACGAACAAGGAUCACCAACGAACUCGUUGCAUUACAGCAACAAACGCCUGAGCAACCAUACAGCAUAGCACAUCGUCUGAAACUGGCAAAGGCUUACAGAAGCCUUGGAUAUCCCGAUCUUGCUGUUGGCGAUGCAUACAAGGCACUCCUGCUUGUUGACGAGGUAGCCGAGGAAGGAGAAUAUCAUGACGAAGCUCUAGAAGCUGCGAACGCCGAUUAUCUUUCGGAGGGAGUCGCGGGCCUGACAAUCAAUUCCGCUGCCGAUGCUCGAAGCAAAGAGGAGGAUAACGUUCUGACCUGGGCGCAAAAGCAUCUUUCGAGGACUGCGCAUGAUGUCCUCAUAGAAGCUCUUUUGGCUUGCGGCUGCUUCCGCAGCGCGUUCGACUAUAUCGCGCGUGCAACGAGAGCCUUUCCCAACGACAAGACCUUCGGCGAGUAUGACAACAUCCUGACAUCCAAACUUCGGUCUUACUACGAGAAAGAAGGAGAAAACGUUGACGACGUGGAGGUCGAGGACUACCCCGAUAAGGGCCUUGUUCGUCGCGAAAACUAUCCUUGGAAUGAGUACGAACCAGAUCGCCACUCAGACGAAUGUCUGCAAUUUCUGAACGAUGAGAUGGCGAACAUAGCUCCGAAGCUGGAAGUGAGGGUUUCUGAGCUGCCAUUACUCUCAACCAACCCGUCAACCCAGGAAUCAAAUCACGAAGUUCAAUUUGUGAAACAGCUAGGCGUGUUCGCGAAGGAGGAUAUUGCGCCUGGAGUGGAGGUGCUGAAGGAAAGGUCUCUACUGACGGCUGUAUCCAGACUCCACGAUACAUACUGCGACGCUUGCAGUACAACACUACCUGACUCGCCAGGUGCGGAGAGUACCAUUCUCUCCUGCGAAGAGUGCGACGAGGUGUUCUUCUGUAGUGAAAAAUGCCAUGAUCUGGCACAGGACAGUUACCACCCCUCGAUAUGCGGAGUGAGCGUAAACCAAGGAAAAGUUCCUGCUCGCGAAGCUGCCGACUCUCUGUACUCCAUCCUCCUUGUCCGAGCAUUGGCACUGGCAGAAACACAAGAUCUUCACCCUCUAGAGUUGAAGGAACUCCGCUACAUCUGGGGUGACUAUCACGGCAAAGACCUGAAUACUGUAUGGCAAGCCAACACUGAGGGUGAACUCGUUGAUCCCUUCGGCGGUGUUCCCCAGACCUUGCCAUUCUCGUUCAACAACAAUGUCAUCAAGCCUCUACACAUACUGGAAAAGAUGGAUGUCAACAUCUUCACUCAAAGCUAUCGAUACGACACCUGGGUCUUCAACACCAUCUACGCCAAGCUGAGAGGCACAGCUUCUGCGCAACAAGGACCAGACGGACGACCGGAGAUUGGCGCUGUUCAUCCAAUGUGGUGUCUAGCCAACCAUAGCUGCGACCCGAACGUAGCCUGGGAAUGGCAAGGGACUAUGAAAUUUUGGACACGCGAGAAGCUUGUGGACUGGGAGGGAAGGGACCCUAACCAGGGCCCUGGAUUGAAGAAAGGCCAAGAGGUCUUCGGGCAUUACUGCGAUGUCAGACUGCCCGUCAAAGAGCGCAGAGAGUGGGCAGUAGGUGCGUUGGGCGGAGAUUGUAUGUGCGCAAGAUGCGUCUGGGAAGAGGCAGAGCAACGACGCCUCAAUGCCCUAGCACAGUAGGGUGCAUCUGACUCGCAAAUCGUGGGGCUUGUUCGAUAAGAGAGGUUGUAUUCAGGAAGCCACCCCCCAUGUCGAGUCAUUCAUCGAUCUUCAACUGUCAAGAGAAUGUACAACAAUCGACGCUAAAAAAAA